UGAAGAGUGGGCUCAAGAAGCGGCCCCUCUGCGAUCUUGGUCAUCAGCCGCGAGUCCGACGAAUGCUCAUGAUGGUGAACGUCCUCCAAGUACUCGUCUACCAAGUACUCUAACCAAUCUAAAAAUGAGCAAGCAAGAGACAGAGCACCAGCAGGGAGUAGAUGGUUCUCUUCAACCAGGCCCGUCGCGAAAGACUUUUCUCACGUCUGGAGCAGCAUUGCGUAACAAAGGAAAUAGCAUCGUCAAGAAAACGACAAGUCGACGAAAGCGUCGAACUACGACCACUGCUUACGAUGAGGAAGGUGCAGAGGUGGAUCAUGAAGGUGGUGAUCUU